UUGUUUAUCAACAAAACAUUUCAAUCAGAAAUAAAUAAAGUGUUCAUUAAUUAAUAAUGCCUCCACCGAAAAGAAGGUUAAAGAAAAUUUCAGAUCCGCUUGUGUCACCACCAUCAGCAUCAAAGAGAUUAAAACGUGAGAAAGCUGAGGAUGUAAGCUUAGAUAAUGAAGAUUCGAGUCCAUUGAAACGGGAAAAAAGUUCAGAAAUUGAGGAAAGUGAUUUGUUGGAAAAAAUUCCUGUAUCAAGUAGGAAAAAGCAGCCACAACGCGGUCGAUAUGCAAAGUAUGACAAAGAAGAUCUGCUUGAAGCUGUCCAAAUGGUGCGAACUAAGAAACUUUCACUUCAUAAUGCCGCAAAGCAGUACAAUGUACCAAAAACAACAAUACUUAACUAUGUCACCAACGGAGAUCGUGAGCACAGCAAACGAGGAGUUGAACCAGCACUAAAGCCAGAAGAGGAACAACAAAUUUUGACAUGGCUCCUUGAUGGUUCUGAUUUGGGAGUUCCUAGAACCAAAAAAGACUUGAUUCAAGCAGCUAUUGAUGUUUUGAAGAUUAACAACCGGCCGAAUGUUUUUAAGAACCGAGACCCAACUCAUCACUGGAUCAAAACUUUCACAAAUAGACAUAAAAGUUGCGUUCGGCUACGGAAUUCGACAAGUCCGAUAAAUGAGGGAAAAUUCUUUCAAAAAUUUUAUUCAUUUUUAGACAAAAGUGAUUAUUUGGAUGUGCUGAAAAGACCAGAUGCAUUUUACAUCAUAGAAGACACAAAUCUCGAAUUUGAUCGUGAAAAAAUCAAUCCAGAACGAAGAAUGCUCCUUAAAAAAUGUCUGACAAAGAAGUCCGAUGAUCCAUCAUCGUAUCGUCUAAAGAACAGUGCAACAGUGAUUUAUGGAUUUGGAGCUGAUGGUCGAGGACUCCAACAAGUUGUAAUUUUUCGAGAUACUUUUAAUGAAAUGGCAAAAGUCGCACUUGCUGAUAGAGAUGCAAAUGCAAAUUUUUUAUAUCUUAGGACACAAGACGGUGGUAAUGUCGAAGCGUCACUUCAUUGCUACUUAAAGAGACUUGAUGCUCAACUGAAAGAUGUUGAAAGGCCAAUUUUUGUAUUUUGUGGUGAGACACUUCCAUCUGUUGGACUUGAACUAUCACGAUGGUGCAAUGAAAAGAAGAUUUAUGUCAUUUCCUUCAUUCCCAAUAAUGUUAGUGUACUGCAAAAAUUUGACGAUAGAAUAUUUGGAAUUAAAAAUACUGGUUGGGGGAUAGAACUUGAUAAUUAUCAGGAUGAAGAACGCGUUGAUAAAUUAUCGGAAAUUGAUUUUGUUAAAGUAUUGAAAAAAACAAAUGAUCGAGUUUUUGAUGAAGAUAAAAUAUUUCAAGCUUUUGCUGAAGCUGGAGUUUUUCCAUUUGAUAUGACAAAAGUCAAUGACUUGCCUAGUGACUAUCCUUCAGAUGACGAGGAUAAUGCGGCUGAAAAGAAAAUUACAAAAAUAUCGACAAAAAUUCAACAAAUGCAGGAAUUAAGUAAAGAAUUGUCAAUUCAGCUAAAGAAUAAAAAGCGAGAUGAUUUAGUAUUGAACGUUAAGAUCAUCACUCAGCAGUUGGACUUUGUUGAAUCCUCACUGUAAGGGAUUGUUUCCUCAUAUUCACUAGAAUUUUGUAUACUGAUUCUGAGUGUUAACAUCCAUCAAGUUUGUUUGGAAUUCGUGAAAGGCAUGCCAACCAAGAGCAACGACAGUCAAAUUUGAUAUUACUCAUUCGAUCAAACCUAAUACUUUGUAAUGUUUUUUAAUUAAAAA